UAAGGCUGUCUAGCUGACAACUUUUCUGAGAAGAGACCGUUUUGUAUUAGAGGAAGCAGUGUCUCUCUUGGAUGCGCUAACAACGUAGUUCUGACAUUAAAAGAAGUUAGAAAGAUCUGGGUAAAUUAGGCAAGGAGCUACUAGACUUGCUGAAGGAGGUCACAAAAAGGCAAUAGAUGGCUGCUUCAUCGAUAGCACUGGAAUGAACGUUCUCUAACUACCCAGGGGGAGAAAAAAUGGAUUUGAGAAACAUUCCCUAUCGUUCAGAGGUGAUUACGUGGAACCCAGAUGACUUAGCAGAAUAUUUUAAGACGUUAAAGUACAAGGACUGUGAGAAAGUUGUUAGAAAGCACAGUAUAAAUGGACAAAGGUUUUUGAACAUGUCUGAAAAUGAUAUCCAGAAAUUUCCCAAACUCCGAGUGCCCAUUGUUAGCAAACUAAGUCAAGAAAUAAACAGAAAUGAAGGAAGGACAUCUUUCUUCCCAAAAUGGGGCCAAACACAAAAGUGUCCUGAAAAUUCAGGAUACAGUCAAGAAGAUGAUGGCUGGUCUUCAUUUGAUGAAGAUGAUGACUAUGAAAGCCCUGAUGAUGACCAGGAAAAGGAAGAUGAGGCUGACUAUGAAUCACCAACGGAAGAAACUGAGGAAGCAGAGCAUGACAGUGAUGGCUAUGAGCCACCUCCAUCCAAUAACGAUGAAGCACACCACAAUGUCAUAUUUCCUGCAAAGUCACUUGCAAACAACACAGACUAUAUAGACAGGCCUCCAACAGCCAGAUCAUCACAUCAGCCUCCAGUACCACCCCAGCGGCCAGGCCCAUCCCCAGCACCAGCCUCAUUUGGGGGAAGAGGUGCUUCUCUGCCAGCUUUCCCUCCUCUACCAAGCAACAAUGACAGGCAUGUCAAGCCUUCAAAACCCCCAGCUCCUUCUAUAGACAGAAGCACGAAACCCCCACUGGAUCGCCUUGCUCCACCAUUUGAAAGAGAAAGCCCAGUACCAGGGAGGAAGCCAGGCCAUCCGGAAAAGCUUCUGACUCCACAGCUAAGAGCACUGGGAGAACAGCUAGCAAUGAUGCCAAAACCUCCUGUACCACCAAGUGAUAGAUAUGAAAGAGGAAAUCCAUCUCCUCUAAGGAAGCCAAUCCCUGUAAAGCAGGGCUGGGCACAACAGAAAAGACCUGAAGAAGAAGAAGAACAUAUACCCCAAAGACCAGUGCCACAGAUAUCUUUGCCCCCAUACAACUCCAAUACGUUCCCAUCAAAAUCUAUCAAGCCUCUACCUAAGCCAGGUGUGGUGCCUGGUGCUGAAAGUGUUAGAAGCCUGUCUGCAAGUGGCUCACUACCACCUCGCUUUCCCCAAGGCAACAACAGCAGAUCUCCUUCAAGAGGCACAGCUGAUUUAAGACCUCCGUUGCCCAUUCCUAGCAGACAGACUGCUCACCAAAUAAACACAGAGGAAGAUGAGGAUUCACUAAAUGAUGAAUGGUAUGUUGCUUAUAUUAGUCGGCCAGAAGCAGAGGCAGCUCUUCGAAAAAUAAACAAGGAUGGAACUUUCUUAGUAAGAGACAGCUCAAGAAAAACUACCACUCAUCCGUAUGUAUUGAUGGUGUUGUACAAGGAUAAAGUAUACAAUAUCCAGAUUCGUUACCAGGAGCAAGAUCAGACAUACUUGUUAGGAACUGGCUUGAAAGGAAAAGAGGAUUUUUCUUCUGUAGCACACAUCAUUGAUUACUUCCAAAGAACGCCUCUUCUUCUGAUUGAUGGAAAAGACAGGGGUUCAAGAAACCAGUGUGUGUUAAAAUAUGCUGCAGGAAAUAUUAAAUGAAAUCCAAAUGAAGAUCACAUACAGGAUCAAAGUCUACCAAAACCUAUAAACCUCAGGAUACUUCAUUUUUCAGUGAGCUAAAAUAAUGAAGAAUUCAUUAAAAAUACUUUCAAUUUUAAUGAAAAAAAAGGACGAUGUUUUCAUUUUUAAGUCAUGCCUUAAAUGUAGUACUCUAUAAAUUGGGUUUUCCUACAGUGUAUUUAUUACUGUACACCAAUCAUAGAGUACCAUGAGUAUUCUUUAUGUGAGGAAUACUGUCUUCUAACAAACACGAAUUAUCUUAAAAUGAUUUCCACACAGUAUUAGGGGACCCAUGAAAGAUAUACCAAUGCAGCUCACUACUUUCAUAGGAGAAAAAAAAAAAAAAAAAAAGCAACCUAUUUUUCAGAUCAGAACUGCAGCAGCAAAAGUAUUAUCUAAAGGGGCAUACAAAAGAACCAAAACAAAGUUGAGCAGCAUUCAUUUUUUUUCUGCAACCUACUUCCUAAUAGAUUUAACUAUGGAGAUUUCUGUGUAAAGAUUAGGACUCCAACCUGGACCUGUAAGACUUCAGCUUCCAGCAACACCCAAAAAUCCCCUGGAUACUUAGCUGCCUGUGAAGAUCUGUCCGUGUGACUCAGCUAUGAAGUUGUGCACAGUUUUCUAGAGAAACAAAAUGUCUACAGACACAAUCCUUUGCCUGCCAUACCGCUGCUGAGUCACUGAUGACACGUUUUUGCCGACAUAUUGGAAGUAUGUAUUCCCUCAGGCCUUCUAACUUCACUCAGGAACAAGAACGCCUUUGCCCACAAAUUUGAACCUUUUUUGAAGGCCUUCUAUGGGAUCCUCUAACCUCAUACAGGAACAAGCUUUCCUCUGUUACACAAACUCCUCUUAAAUUAUAUCUCUAACUCUAAUUUAAGCCACCAUUCCUUUAUAGGAGACACAUCAACAAUGUGAUUCUUAAUUGGAAGACCACACCCAAAUCUCUUAGAAAGCAGACAAAGAGAGGGAAACUUGGUUCCUCUUAUAUAACUGCUUUCUGGUUGUUUGGUUUUUUUCCAUGCUUUUUUCAAGAAAAAAAACCAACAGACACCAACAACCUUUCUCAAUUCUUAAAUAAAAGCUGAAGGGACCACUGAAGAAUACAAUAACAAAAGUUUUUUCCCAUUCCUUUGAAAAGUGGAAUUCAUCCAGUUGUUUUGUCCAGAUUUUCUAGGAACUCUGGUUUUCUGCUAACAUCUUGGUUUAAGAAUUGCCUUGGACCAGGUUACACAUUUUCCCUUUUAAAGUCAACUGUGUGUUGAACCACAAUGCAGAGGAUACUGUCUUCCAUGCAGUUUAUAUAGAUUCUCAGAAAAAAAGCAAUCAGAUUUCAUACAAUUUAAAAUAUAUAUGCUUUGUAAAUGUUACUUUCAUUUCCAAUAUAUUUGACUAGCAGCUGGAAUUCAAAGUUAAAGAAUUUUAUUUCUGUGCAACUACGAGUAAAAUAU